UCCUGGCCCUCUAGGAGGCUCCGUCUCUCCGGGUGGGGCUGAGAAGGCGGGGCUUUGGGCUUUCUUAUCUACAGAGCCAGCCUGGCUUCCUGGCGCGGGGUCUCUCACUACGGGCUCUUUGCCAUGGGGCUUCUGCUUCCCCUCUCACUUCUGGUUUUGCUGGCGGUAGCUUACCCGGGAGGCAGGAGUGCGCGGAGGUGCUGGGCUGCGCGGGCGCAAAGCCCCGGAGGCAGCUCUCCCACGCUCUCCGCGACCACAGCGGCGUUCUGGAUGCGCAUAAGCCCCAAUUUCAUAGCCGUGCGGCCGGGGAGUUCGGUGUGGCUCAACUGCAGCAGCAGCUGCCCCCUCUUGGAGGGUUCCACCCUCCAUACUGGGCUGCGGCGGGGCCAGAAGCUCAGCGGGCCCAGCUGGAUCUCCUUCCAGCUGCUGGAUGUAAGGUCCUGGAGCUCCGAGGUGCACUGCUUCCUCACCUGCGCAGGAGUGACGCGGGGGGCCACGGCCAGGAUCCACGCCUACAAACCGCCUCACAGGGUGAUCCUGGAGCCUCCGGUCUUGGAGGGCAGAGAGCACAUUCUGCGCUGCCACGUGACGCACGUGUUCCCCGUGGGCUUCCUGGUGGUAACUCUGCAGCGUGGCGGCCGGGUCAUCUACUCCGAGAACCUGGAACGCUUCACGGGCCUGGAUCUGGCCAACGUGACGCUGACUUACAAGUUCCAGGCUAGGCCCCACGACCUCUGGAAGCCCGUGACCUGCCACGCGCGCCUCAAUCUCGACGGGCUGGUGGUCGGCAGCAGCUCAGCACCCGUGACGCUGACAUCCUGGGCUUGGAGCCCCGCGUCCAAAGCCUUGGCUUCCACUUCCAUCGCAGCCUUUGUGGGGAUUGUUCUCGUCCUGGGGGCCGUCUAUCUGCGAAAGUACCUACUGAUGCAGUCCGAGGCGUAGGAGGGGAGGUCCUUGCCGGCUGAGUCCGAGCAAAAUCCGGGACAAUUUGGAGACCCCUCCUAAGUCAAUAAAGCCUUCCUCAGUCA